AUGCGCUCCCUGUGCAUCUACUCUUACAGACCACCCUCGGAAUAUGAAAUAUCUACCAUUCCCACACCAAAGAUUACAUUGCCAAAUCGUGUGCUCGUCAAGGUCGCGGCAGGAAGCAUCAACCCAGCCGAUAUGGAACAAGCACGGGGAGAUUUCAAGAUGGCUGUUACCCUACCGAUUCCCCAUAAACUUGGCUUGGAUAUAUCAGGAACCGUCAUCGCAGUUGGUAAAUCGGUAAAGGAAUUGAAGAUCGGAGAUGAGGUGUUCGGCUUCUUGCCUUUUCCAAUGGAUACAUGCGGCAUGUCAGAGUAUGCUGUGGCCACGGAACUAAUGCUGGUACUGAAGCCCAAAGGCAUAAGUCACGUUGAAGCUGCCUCAUUAGGCUAUGUAGCUUUGACAGCGUUGCAAUGUUUUGAGAAAAUGGAGCUCGAGGGAGGAGUGGAAGACAAGACUGUGUUGAUCACUUCCGUGGGAGGAAUGGGAUCUAUUGCUUGUCAAAUGGCGAAGAAUAUAUUUGGUGCCGCCAAGGUCAUCACUACGGUUUCAACGGAGAAAGUUGGCAAAGUGGACAAGCUGUCAGGUAAUGGCGUCGUUGAUCGAAUUAUUGACUACAAGAAAACGGACCUCGUCAAGGAAAUCCCCAUGCUGCCCCACGGCUCGGUGGGCUUCAUGAUCGACUCAACCCAUCAAGAUCUCAAGUGUGGAUUGAUGAGGGGAAACUGAAGCCUGUGGGUGGCAAAAGAGUGGAGUUGGAGGAUAUCGAGGCUUUGAGAGAGGUGUGAACUCAGAUUGCGAGUGGAAAGGGGGGACUUGGUAAGACUGUAGUUGUGAUUUCUUAAAUACCCGAAGCCGAAGUUCUUGUUUUAUUCGUCAAUUUCUGG